AUGGAGAUUUCCCAGCGUACACUAGGCUUACUCUCACUCCUAUGUCUACUAUCCUGGACAAGUGCAUAUGACCAGCUAACCAGAUCAACUGGAAAUACAGUGCGCUUUGAAGCCACGUUGACCUGGGAAGAUUGGGCGCCAGCCGGGAUACCUCGAAAAACAAUCCUCACCAAUGGACAAUUCCCGGGACCGCCCCUUGAAUUGCAGCAAGGGGAUGAUGUCGAAUUCUUAGUCGUGAACAAACUGCCUGCGGCUGUCACGGUUCAUUUCCACGGAAUCGUCCAGAGCGGCACUCCAUGGUCGGAUGGAGUUCCCGGUCUAUCGCAGAGACCGAUCCAGCCAGGCGACCAGUUCCUCUACAAAUGGCGCGCAACGCAAUAUGGGUCGUACUUCUAUCAUGCCCAUCACAGAGGCCAGAUAGAAGAUGGACUCUAUGGAGCCAUCUAUAUCCAUCCUGAUGACUCGGUGGAGAGACCUUUUUCUUUGAUCACGAACGACACACUUGAAUUGAGGGCAAUGCAGGCGGCAGAGUCAAAGACCGCGCCUGUUAUGCUUUCGGACUGGCGUAAAUUGACCUCAACCGAGAUAUGGGCUGCUGAAGAGGCAACGGGGCUGGAUGCGUACUGUGCAAAUGCCCUUCUGAUCAAUGGCAAAGGCUCGAUCGACUGUUUGAGCCAGGAGAAGUUAGACAAGUUCACAACUGCGGGCCAGAGGGAAGUUCUGGGAAACAACUCCCAUUUCACUGAUAUCGGAUGUCUUCCCCCGACGAACCGAUUGGCACAGGGAAACUUCCCCCAUAACCUUAGCGCCAUAGUGCCUUCUAUGUACCAUGGCUGCACUCCAUCUCGCGGUGCAUGUGAACGGUUGCUUGUGGAUCCUGCCGAUUCAUACGUGAGUUAUGAUCUGGUCAGUGCAGCCGGGAUAAAUACAGUUGUCUUCUCCAUUGACGAACAUCCCAUGUAUGUCUAUGCCAUUGAUGGGCGGUAUAUCGUGCCGACCUUGGUGGACGCAAUUACCCUGGCCAAUGGGAACCGAUACUCCGUUAUGGUCAAACUGGACAGGCCGGCAGGCGACUAUACUAUUCGACUCGCAACAACCGGCGUAAAUCAGAUCCUCGGUACCACGGCAAUUCUGUCCUAUGGUGCAUCAUUUGCCACAGAAGCAGAGAAGAGAUUCUCGGUCCCAUCGAUUGACAUCGCCGGCACUUUGAUCUCAGCCAACUAUACUGCUUUGAACGAGAGCACCAUCAUCCCCUUCCCUGCUGAAAUACCUUCUUAUGAGGUGACGCAGACCUACGUCUUGGAUAUUGACCACUACCACGCCUCGUAUCGGUGGACUCUGGGUAACUCCAGUCUUCCAAUGAUACUGGAAGAGAGCACUCCACUUCUUUUCGACCCGUCUGCCGCGCAAAGGGAUCUCUCCAUCGAGACCUUAAAUGGGACAUGGGUAGACCUGAUCUUCCGUGUGGUUAAACCGCUCCAGCCACCUCAUCCCUUUCACAAGCACUCCAACAAGUUCUUCGUAAUCGGUCAAGGUAACGGGUAUUGGAACUACUCGUCGGUGGCCGAGGCGAUGAAAUCUAUCCCGGGGAGCUUCAACUUUGACACGCCGCAGAUCCGGGAUACAUAUUACACUCCGCCCGCAACGACGACGGCAACCUGGCUGGCGAUCCGAUAUCAGGUGGUGAAUCCAGGACCAUUUCUACUGCAUUGUCAUGUGCAAGUGCAUCUCAACGGUGGGAUGGGGCUGACUUUGAUGGAUGGCGUGGACGAGUGGCCGGAGAUUCCCGCGGAGUACCAGCGGCUCGCCUGA